AUUGGCUCAUGAUAAGUGUUCGUCAUUUUGCCUAAAUGCAAGUAAACUGCUGGCGGUGCGGGGGAAGAGACAGCUGACCAUCACUUUCAUUCUCAGCCGAGAGGAUUUCUGAGUUCCGAUCAAAACACCCUAUGAAUAAACUCACUAGCAUCUCAGCUGCUUGCAUCUUGGGUCCUAAUUCUCCACUGGUCUCAUAUCGCACUGGACUUCAUCACUGGUCUCCCACCAUCCUCAGAUAACACAGUUAUUCUCACCAUCAUCGAGCGGUUCUUCAAAGCUCUGCAUUUCAUUGCUCUGCCUCCCAUCAGCUCUAAACACUGUCCAGACUAUUACACAGCAUGUGUUCUGUCUCCACGGUAUUCCCCAAGACAUAGUUUCCAAUCGAGGUCCCCAGUUUGGAGAGAGUUUUGCAAGGAACUAGGGGCCCAAGUCAGCUUAUCAUCCGGUUUCCAUCCUCAAACUAAUGGGCAAUGCUACGAUGUGUGGUUUAAUCCAACCAGUCUUCCUGAGUGAUCAGCUGGCUUGGAUUGAAUACAACGCUAGCACGUCAGCUACCACCGGAGUUUCCCCGUUUCAGGCCUCACUGGGGUACCAGCCCCCACUUCUCUCUGUGUCAGAAGGGGAAUUGGCAAUUCCUUCCGUCCGGCACCACAUGCGCCGCUGUCAACGGGCAUGGCAAGACACCCGAGCAGCCCUAUUGAGGACUUCUGAGCAAAACAAGAGAUUGUCAAAUCACCGCCGCAUCCCGACCCCCACAUACCGGGUCGGUCAACAGUUCUACAGGUUGUGGAUAGGUGUAACCAAGUUUGAGUAAUAAGGAAGUGAAACUCAUACAGUCACUGACACUGAGAGGAGAAAUGGCGCAGGAAGGAGUUCAGCUGGACCAAGAAACCUUCUCUUGUUCGAUCUGUUUCGAUCUACUGAAGGAUCCGGUGGCUAUUCCCUGUGGACACAGCUACUGCAUGAACUGUAUUAAAAGCUUCUGGGAUGGAGAGGAGGAGAAGAAAAUCUACAGCUGCCCUCAGUGCAGACAGACUUUCACAGCGAGGCCUGUCCUGGUGAAAAACACCAUGUUAGCAAAUUUAGUGGAGCAGCUGAGGAAGACUGGACUCCAAGCUGCUCCUGCUGAUCACUGCUAUGCUGGACCUGAAGAUGUGGCCUGUGAUGUCUGCACUGGAAGAAAAAUGAAAGCCUUCAAGUCCUGUUUAUUCUGUCUGGCAUCUUACUGUGAGAAACACCUUCAGCCUCAUUAUGAUGUGGCUCCAUUAAAGAAACACAAGCUGGUGGAGCCCUCCAAGAAGCUCCAGGAGAACAUCUGCUCUCGUCAUGAUGAGGUGAUGAAGAUGUUCUGCCGUACUGAUCAGCAGAGUAUCUGUUAUCUCUGCUCUGUGGAUGAACAUAAAGGCCACGACACAGUCUCAGCUGCAGCAGAAAGGACUGAGAGGCAGAGAGAGCUGGAGGUGAGUCGACAAAACAUCCAGCAGAGAAUCCAGGACAGAGAGAAAGAUGUGAAGCUGCUUCAACAGGAGGUGGAGGCCAUCAAUCAGUCUGCUGAUCAAACAGUGGAGCACAGUGAGAAGAUCUUCACUGAGCUGAUCCAUCUCAUCCAGAAAAGAAGCUCUGAUGUGAAGCAGCAGAUCAGAUCCCAGCAGGAAACUGAAGUGAGUCGAGUCAAAGAGCUUGAGGAGAAGCUGGAGCAGGAGAUCACUGAGCUGAAGAGGAAAGAUGCUGAGCUGAAGCAGCUCUCACACACAGAGGAUCACAUCCAGUUUCUACACAACUACCCCUCACUGUCAGCACUCAGUGAGUCUACAGACUCAUCCAGCAUCAAUAUCCGUCCUCUGAGCUACUUUGAGGAUGUGACAGCAGCUGUGUCAGAGGUCAGAGAUAAACUACAGGACAUUCUGAGAGAGGAAUGGACAAACAUCUCACUGACAGUCAUUGAAGACAAUGUUUUAUUACCUAGUCAGGAGAGACGCCCUGUGGGUGCAUUUCACCCCCCUCGCAUAGUGCCUCCCCGCACCCCAUUAGUGGUUCCCCGUGUAUUGUUUUCCCGUGUACAGCAUCAAUCAGGUAUCUUCGAUCUCAGAAGAAGGGCAUACCUGAACCAAGUGAAAAUGUUAAAAAAUAAUAGAAAAAAAUUCUAAUGACAUUCAAUGAAGUGGAUGUUUUACUUUCACCAUCAGAGCUAAAGAGGAGUAAGGAGAGACGCCUCCCAUGUGGAGCCCUGCCCGUUGAGUGCUGUUAGUGUUGCUUCUAGUACACUUUAGAUUUCUCUGUUCAUGGGUUGGUACUAUUUUUGCUGUAGGUAUUUCAUAUUUUAUUUCCUUGAUUAUUUUGUUAGUUAAUUUUGGUUAAUUUUGCUAGUUUUUUUGCUAGAAACUUCCCAUGUCUCUUUAGUCGUGGAGGCUAUCACUGCUCAUAAUAAUUUUAUGAUUUUCAUUUUAAACAUAUAUAUUUUUCCAAAUGUAAAUCUUAAAUCUAAAUGUAAAUCUAAAUGUUUUUUAACAUGUAUAUUAAUGCUUUUGUAUGUUGUUGUUUCUCCUUCACUUCAUGGGCCUUCCAUUAUCACAGUUUUUAUUUUCCAAAUCAAAAAACAAAUGGGUUUAUCAGAAUGUGGUUUCUGUGAUCACACUUGACGAGGAGAUUAUUCAUUAUGUUCAUUGUUUAAUGUGGGAACCAGCUGAAGGGUUUUCUAAUAAAUAAAUUUUUGAACAA